CCUCAGCCCGCAGAGAUGGAAGACUCCAGCAGCGGCUGCGACACGGAGCUCACGUCAGCACCCGUGACCCACCAGGAGAACGACACGGGCACCAUCUUUGAGGUGGCGCUCCACAACGUCUCCUCCGAGCGCAACCCCCAGUUUGAGGGCGUGGAGCUUCUGCAGUCCUUCAGGCUGCUCAUCAUCCCCUGCUACGCCCUUGUGGCCCUGGUGGGCGUCUUCGGCAACUACCUGCUCCUGUACGUCAUCUGCCGCACCCGCAAGAUGCACAACGUCACCAACUUUUUCAUCGGGAACUUGGCCUUCUCCGACAUGCUGAUGUGCGUCACGUGCGUCCCCUUCACCCUGGCCUACGCGUUUAACCCCCGCGGGUGGGUGUUCGGCCGCUUCAUGUGCUACCUGGUGUACCUCAUCCAGCCAGUGACGGUCUACGUGUCCGUCUUCACCCUCACCGCCAUCGGGGUGGACAGGUACUACGCCACAGUGCAUCCGCUGAAAAAGCGCAUCUCCAUCCUGGCAUGCACCUACCUGCUGUCCGCCAUCUGGCUGCUGUCCUGCGCCCUGGUGGCUCCAGCAGUGGCUCACACCUACCACGUGGAGUUCCAAAACGAGGGCUUCACCAUCUGCGAGGAGUUCUGGAUGGGCCAGGAGAGCGAGCGUCUGGCGUACGCGUACAGCACGCUCUUCAUCACCUACGUGCUGCCUCUGUCCGCGCUCUGCAUCUCCUACCUUUGCAUAUCUGUCAAACUGAGGAACUGCGUGGUGCCAGGCUACCACACCCAGAGCCAGGCCGAGGCGCAGCGCGUGCGCAAACGCAAGACCUUCCGCCUGGUGAGCCUGGUGGUGGCCGCUUUCGGCAUCUGCUGGAUGCCCAUCAGCGUGUUUAACGUGCUGCGUGACAUUGACAUCGACCUUAUUGAUAAGCGCUACUUCCUGCUCAUCCAGCUGCUGUGUCACCUGUGCGCCAUGAGCUCGUCCUGCUGCAACCCCUUCCUGUACGCCUGGCUCCACGACCGCUUCCGCGCCGAGCUUCGCAAAAAGAUCGCGCUCCGCCGUCGUGUUGGCGUCGCCGCCAACAACGGCGCCACCGCCAGCGUGGUGCUGUGAAGGACUCUUAGCGCGCACAUGUGGUUUGUAAUCACGCUUGAAGGAGGAUCACAGUGGGCGUUGAAUUACAGUGGAACCUCGAUUUAGGAAAUGUAUUGGUUCUUCAACGCAGUUGGCAAACAGAAUAGUUUGUAUAGUAAACAUAACCCAGGGCUGUCAACAUUUUAGCUCAGGGGCCGCAUGGAGGAAAAUCUAUUGCCACCUGGGCCGGACUGGAUAAAUCAUGGCCUUAAAGGCCUACUGAAACCCACUACUACCGACCACGCAGUCUGAUAGUUUAUAUAUCAAUGAUGAAAUCUUAACAUUGCAACACAUGCCAAUACGGCCGGGUUAACUUAUAAAGUGCAAUUUUAAAUUUCCCGCUAAACUUCCGGUUGAAAACGUCUAUGUAUGAUGACGUAUGCGCGUGACGUCAAUCGUUGAAACGGAAGUAUUGGUACCCCAUUGAAUCCAAUACAAAAAAGCUCUGUUUUCAUCUCAAAAUUCCACAGUAUUCUGGACAUCUGUGUUGGUGAAUCUUUUGCAAUUUGUUUAAUGAACAAUGAAGACUGCAAAGAAGAAAGUUGUAGGUGGGAUCGGUGUAUUAGCGACUGGCUGUAGCAACACAACCAG